AUGGUCCGCGAAUCCCAACGCCCCAACCUCUCCUUCAACCCCCCCUCCGCAACCCCCGUACGCUUGACCGCCGCCGAACCGACCCCCGUAACCUUCCGCCGCUCUCUCGUCCUGCGUACGCCCGGCAGCCAACGCCGACUAACGUCCAACAAUGUCGCAACACCCCACGCGCGCGCAGCCAUUCGCGCGAUCGACUCGCGGCGUGCAGCAAUUUUGACGCCUCACCAACGCGCGCGCCGGAGGAGCGUGCGCGAGACGAGGGAUUCGCCUCGGGAUUUUUUGUUGAGUCUUGCGGGCGUGUUGGCGACGAAGAGUCAGCGGGUCGUGACCAGCUCCAGUUCGAGUGCUAGGAGUUCGCGAAGUUCGAGGUCGAGGGGGGAUUCUUCGUCGCCGGGGACAGCUAGGGUUAGGAGGCGAACGAGAGGGACGGAGGAUGAGGAGGAUGAUGACGAGGCGUUGGAGGCGAGUUUGGCGUCGAUUAAACUCCGGAUGAGGAGGGGGGAGGAUGAAGAUGAUGAGGAGUUGCCUAAGAGGCCUAGGCUUUCGCUGCCGAUUGAUGAGGAGGAGGAUGAUGACGAUGAGGAUGAUCUCCAGCCGCAUAAGUCGGUGAUUAUCGAUGAUGAGAAUAACUUUACGAUUACGUCGAUUGAGAUGCCGCGGCGCGCGGUGUUUGAAAACAACAGGUCGUCGCUUAGCAGCAUGCGCAUGAGCGAUUACUUUGGGGGUCCCAACGCCGCUAACGACGGGGAUGUGGGCAUUGACUCGGGUUUCUUCCCACCGGCAGCGGUGCUCCAAGAGGGGGAUACGACCAUGGGCGGGAUGGACUCGCUCAUAUCGCCUGAGAGGAUCGACGAGCCCUCCAACGUCGGACGCGCCGGCCUCGCGGGACGAGACAGCGAUUUUGGUAUCGAAAUCCCCGUGGGGGAUAUCAACGAAAGCACGUUUGUAUUGCAGGCGCAAGUAGCGGAGGAUUCGACGGCGCAGUCUCCUGGGGCCGGCGAUGUCACUGGUGAAGGGGGCGACGACCAGCAGAUUGGAUCCGACGGUUUCGCGCCGCUGAUGGAUCAGCGAAGCGACGACUACAGCGAUGAGGGCAGUGGCCACGAGGACUUCGGUCCCUUACCCGAUAUUCCCGAAGACUUAGAUGCCGAAGAAGACGACGACAUGCUGGUCAAUCAACAAGAUAGAAGUUUUAUCCAUCGGAGCCGGCAAGACGAAACAGAGAUGUCAUUCAUCUCUGCGAAGAGGGCCCAGCUGGCGCAGCAACCCCGCGAAACGCUCAAGCGAACAAUCAAAGUCUCUAAGUACGGCAUCGAGUAUCCCUCGCUUCCCCCAUCUGUCGUGCGCCGCAUCGCCCAAACAUUUGCCCGAGCCAGCGGCAUCAAGGGCCCCAUCCCGACAGAUGCUAUGAAGGCCAUUAUGCAGGCGUCGGACUGGUUCUUUGAGCAGCUGGGCGAUGACUUGCAGGCGUAUGCGAACCAUGCCGGGCGCAAGACGAUUGACGCUUCGGAUGUGCUUACUCUCAUGAAGAGACAACGGCAGGUCAACCCACAGACCACGCUGUUCUCUCUCGCGCAGCGUCACCUCCCUAGGGAGUUGCUUCAGGAGCUGCGCAUGCCGCCGCCAGCUCCGUCGAAGAAGAGGAAGAGAGCUCCUGCUAAGAGUGGCGGUGGCGCCGCGGAUGAGGAUGUCACCUGA